GUUUAGUCCAAUGGGCUCUCCGUUUACAACAGCCCCGCCUAGCUGGGCAGCCCAGCCCGUCUGCGCGGUGCGGUUGGCGUCCAGAGCUGCUGCUCUCUGUGCUCGCGGGGAAAACGGGUUUUGCCGGAAAAAUGAGGGGCGGCCUCGUUUACUGCGGCCGCUAGCGAGAGUGCGGGCCGGGUCACCGCGCGGCGGGCUGAGUGGUCCGCGGUCGGCUUCCCGGCUGCCGCGGGGCCGGACGGCCGAGACCCCUGGGUCGGCAGUGCUGGCGGGUCCUCGGUCUGCGGCUGCCGUGCCGGAGCCGAGGGUUUCGUGCUGCGGAAAGUGCGCGAUCUUAGUCUCCUGCGCGGCUGUCGUGGUCUCGUCAAGUCCCCGAGAAGAUUUCGGAGUCCCGGGCCGGUGCUUGCGGCCUCCGCGCCGGUGGGGGUCGGGACGCCCCGCUGAGCGGGUUCUCUUCCCCGACGGCGCGCGACAGCUUCGGGGUCUCUGUGGAGGCGUCACAGUCGUUCCCUGGUUUUACGGGGCCGGUGAGUCGGUUUCGCCGCCACAGCCACGUGCUGACGUGCGACCGACACUGAAGCGGCGCCUGUGUCGGAUGCGUUUGGGGCACAGACCGUCCCACCCCCCUCCUCUGUGUCUGCGGGCGCGCGUGCGGGCCGUGCGGGCUCGGCAGGCUCCGCGCUCGGGGCGGGUUUCGGUGGACGAGUUGGCGUCGCCGGCCCGCGCUCCUGCCGCCCGCGUCCCCCUCCCCCGCCCCGGCGACCGUAGUGCUCGCCUCCGUCAGUGCAGGUCUGGCCGUUGUAGACCCACAGGGAAGGGAGACGACACGGAACUUGUCUUUCAUCUCACUCCGGUUCAUCUCACUCCGCUUCGUGUCCUCCAGGUUCGGCCGUGGUCGCAAACGGCGGAUUUCCUGGUCUGUAGCGGAGUCACGUUCCCUCCCGUCCGCGCACGCGCAAGAGCAGAAUAUGGAAGGAAGAAGAGGAACAAAGAUGCAAACAUGACCACCACUGUGCAGGCCCUGAGGAGUCACUUUUAAGCAGCUGCUGAUUCCUAUCUUCAGAGCACAUGCUGGUUGGAAGUGGUGCUGAUAAGAUUUGCCAGUGAUUUCUUGGAUAUGAUAACAAAGGCCACAGGCAACAAAUUGAA